AUUUAUUCAUUUCGUUUUGAUAUCGUUGAGGACGUUCAUAAAAAUCUGUCUGCGUUAAGAAUUCACUUAAGAAGAUGUCAAGCUCUUUAACUAAUUUUGAUAUCAACCACGUGGAUGAGAACGGUAUUACUAUGCCUGUAGAUACUAAUACAGUAAGUUGGUUGAAAACUGAAGUUUCCGAUAAAGGGUUGCGGUUAAAACGUACGGAUUUGAAGAAGUCUGCCUUGGUUAAGAAAUCAAUAUUCUCGUCAGGUAAAAAAAAGCGAGUUAAGCAUUCUAUAUUUGAAACUCUCGGAAACUCAACUAAGAAGAAAAUUUUACAAAGUGACGUUAAUGAUGUCGAAGAAAAAAUAGUCCCGAUAUCCGAGAUGUCAAGCGCUGAAACUAAUUUUGAUAUCAACCACGUUGAUGAGAACGGUAUUACUAUGUCUGUAGAUACUAAUAUAGUAAGUUGGUUCAAAACUGAAGUUUCCGAUAAAGGGUUGCGGUUAAAACGUGCGGAUUUGAAGAAGUCUGCCUUGGUUAAGAAAUCAAUACUCUCGUCAGGUAAACAAAAGCAAGUUAAGCAUUCUAUAUUUGAAACUCUUGGAAACUCAAAUAAGAGGAAAGUUUUACAAAGUGAUGGCAAUGAUGUCAAAGAAAAAAUAGUCCCAAUACCCGAGAUGUCAAGCGCUAAAACUAUUUUUAAUAUCAACCACGUUGAUGAGAACGGUAUUACUAUGUCUGUAGAUACUAAUAUAGUAAGUUGGUUGAAAACUGAAGUUUCCGAUAAAGAGUUGCGGUUAAAACGUGCGGAUCUGAAGAAAUCUGCCUUGUUUAAGAAAUCAAUAUUCUCGUCAGGUAUGUACGAACGAGUUGAGAAUUCAAAUAAGAAGGAAACAGUACGCAAUGAUAUCAAUUAUAUAGAUGAUGUCACAGUAGGAGUACUUACUGAACCUAAGGUAACUAAUUGCUGUCCUGGUGAAUAUAAUUCUUCUGAUUGUGAUGAGUAUGAUGUUUCUGAAAAUGAUGUUCAGUGUAAUAUCCCACUUCCAACGGGAUUUAACUUGUCUACAGAUGUUACAAUAACUAAAAGCUUUAAGAAUCCAAGCUCAACAACUGAACCAUUUAGCGAAUCGCACUUGAAUGCAAUCACAGGCCAUCUAUCUGAAAGUAAUUCAAAGAAAGUUGAGGAAACUAAAACACUCUACUCUAUACGAUUAAAAAAUAAUGAAUGUGACAAAAGUUCUCCAUCUUAUUUCAAAAACAAGCUAAGUUCUCUGUGCCAGUUUUGUGAUUUGGCGUUUACUGAUCAAUUGGAACAGAUGAAACACGAAAUGUGUCACGACAAGGUUAUUCCUUUUAUAUGCCACGUUUGUGGGCACGGAUUUGUAACUCGUAAGUUUCUCAUUGAACAUAUCACAAACGUACACACGUUGUUUAGACCUUUCAUUUGCGUUCUUUGCAAUAAGGGGUAUACUCGUCGUACAGAUUUGAGAUAUCAUUCAUUAACGCAUGCAAAUGUAAUGCCCUUUGCGUGUCCCAUAUGUAAUAAAAAUUUUUCAAGCAAAGGCAAUAUGACAAAGCAUCUGCGAUUGCAUAAUACAAAGCACUCAUAUAUUUGUGCUAAGUGCCCGAAAUCAUUUCCAACAUUGGCCAAAUUUGUAGCCCACGUUAAAACGCACAUUACGUGUCCAGUUAAGUUGAGUCAAAUGGAUUCUUCUCUUUUGAAUGAGGAUAAGCUGGUUAUGGAUGAACCAAUACAGAUUCUUCCACCACACAUUAAAGAUAAAAUGAAUCUCUCUUUGGAUGGUGAACAUUCUAAUAGGGAGCAAGACGAGCAUUCAUUUUCAAGUUUGGGUGGGAAUGAGAACGAUAUAUCAGAAGAAAAUCUUGUGGAUCAGUUAAGUCAAUUAUACACUUGUAAUGUAUGUGGUGACAAGUUUCAGAGUGAAUGUGCUUUUCAUAAACAUUUGGAUUUGCACUUGUGUAGUUUCUCUUUAUGUGACGAAUGUGGAAAGAUAUACAAUCGUAUAGAGGGAGAUCAUAUAAGUAACCAAAAUGAUGAAAAAAACUCACGUAACAAUUCCAACAAUUCGACAUCUCAAACAAAUGACACCUCAAUUGAAACUAUAUUAAACUUUGCAGUUGCAAAUCCGGACCUUUCCAUUAGAGAAAUGUGUCUUCACUUCAAUUUAGUACCUACUUCAGGGACUUUGUAAACAUGUGCCCAAGUCAAUAAAGUCACUGAGAAUACAACUAAGGUUAGCAUUAAGAUACUCUUUAAAUAUUUGCCUUCUGAAACUAUAAAAUUAAAGUAAAUAUUCUUAUAUAUUUAAAAUGUAUAUAGAAAAACAUAUAAAUAUAUAUAUAUUCACUUGUUCGCAAAAACAACAUUUCCAUAGUAGCAUCGAAGAUAUGAUAAUGUAAC